UGUAGUGGAUAUAGAUGAGGAAGAGUAUGAAGACAUGAAUGAUAUCAAUGACGAUAAUGAUCUUGAUCAGAGAUGUUUAGAUGCUCAACAAGAUGAUUUGGAGACUAAUAUUAUCAAGCAUCUGGAAAACCAUGAUGAAGAAAAGUUCUUUGAUAACAAAGAAUCUGAAAAACAUAAAGGAGCACCCAUUUUGAGAUGCAUGAUACCCGAGUGUGUAAAAUUCGUAGUGCAACUAACUAGUAGAAGUUUAGAAAUUAUUUCACAAAUUCAGAACACUCCAACAUUCCUGGCAUUGAAUCUUCUACACUGGUUUGAAGGUAAAAAACAUCCAGCAAAAGAAUUGGAAUAUGAAUCUGGUUCAUUAUAUCUAAAACUCUUAGAAUAUGAAUCUGGAUCCUUUAAAUUUAUAAUGGUUAUUAGUAUUCUCGAUCUUUCUAAAUAUUAUAUGUAUGACUUUUGGUAUAGUUAUCUCAAAAAGAAAUACGGGGAUAAAGUAAAACUCCUAUAUACUGAUACAAAUUCAUUAAUCAUAGAAAUUGAGACCGAAAAUAUUUAUCAAGACAUGAUAAACGAUUGUGAUUUAUUUGAUUUUAGUGAUUAUCCCGAAGAGCAUUGGGUGGUAAAAAAUCUUCCAGAAGAUCAAUGGAUAAUUAAUGAAGAAGGAGAUAGAGCUAUCAGCUAUGCAGGAGUUCGUGCAAAAUGUUAUAGCAUUGUGUGUGAAAAUUCACGAAAAAAUAUGAUCAAGGCUAAGGGUCUUAAAAAGUCUCUCAUCAAGAAAGAGCUUACACAUAAAAUAUUCGAGGACUGUGUUUUAGAAGGGAAAGAAGAUCAACCACGAACUGCUCAAUUCCUCCGAAGUUACAGACAUCGAAUGUAUAGGAUAUUGCAAACAAAGAGAAGUGUUAACCCAUUAGAUACAAAAUUGUGGAUAGCACAAGAUAUGGAAACGACAUAUUUAUAUGGAGAUUGUGAAAUUCCGGAAGAAUAA